AGCUUUCAGAUUCUCGAAUAUCUCAUCUCAAGGAAUGUGUUACAACAUUUUCUCCAGAGGGUCGUUUUGAGAGGAGGGGUUUCUCGCCCACUGUCUGCCUUUGGAUAAUUACAUUUACAGUUUGAUUGUCGUCUGAGGUCUCCUACACAGCAAUAUCUCGCUUGGAAGAGCUAAACUUCACUCUUUUUUUUUAUUUGAAUGAUGCCGUAUUGACAAUUUUUCAAGAGUGUGGAUUUGGAACAUUUUGGAUUACUGUAGUGGUCUUUUUUGCCGGAGAAUAGACGAGUAACGGAUUAUUUUCACCAGUGUAUCUAGGAGAUUAAACAUGGAUUAUCACACAUCAAAGAGCUUGGUGUGCGUUUCAUGGUAGAUACCGGGAUACACAAGUUAAAGUUCAACGCGAGGAUUCAAAAGGAUUACAUUAACACCUGCCACUAAUACUCUUAUACAUUUAAAGAAAGCAAGAAGAUGGCAUCCAGCUUGACGUGCGCGGGGAUCAUAUGGGCACUCCUUUCACUUCUAUGUGCAGCGGCAUCUUGUGUUGGAUUUUUUAUGCCCUACUGGCUUUUGGGGUCACAAAUGGAUAAGCCGGUGUCCUUUGGCACUUUCCGGAGGUGCUCGUACCCAGUAAGGGAUGAGACCAGGCAACUGACGAUAAUGGUGGAGCAGUGUGGCAGGUAUGCAUCUUUCCAGGGCAUACCGAGCCUGGAGUGGAAGAUCUGUACCAUAGUUACCGGGGUGGGCUGCGGGCUGCUUCUCCUGGUGGCGCUUACUGCCAUCAUGGGCUGCUGUGUCACAGAACUCAUUUCCAGGACAAUUGGCAGAGUAGCGGGUGGAAUGCAGUUCGUUGGAGGUUUGCUGAUUGGCUCUGGUUGUGCUCUCUAUCCUCUGGGCUGGGACAGUGAAGAAGUCAGGCAGACCUGCAGUAACCUCUCAGACCAGUUUCAAUUGGGUACUUGUCAGAUUGGCUGGGCUUAUUACUGCACUGGCGGUGGAGCAGCUGCUGCAAUGUUAAUUUGCACAUGGCUGGCAUGUUUUGCUGGCAAGAAGCAGAAACACUACCCCUACUAAAGUCUGAAAAGUCAGCAAGACCCAACAAUGAAGAAGGCCUAGGCUAAGAAAACGGGUUGCCUGGCAACCCCUUUAUGGGACUCAUCUUGAAUUUACAGACAUGGGCUGGCUUGCCACAAAAAAGAGGUCCAAUGGACUUUGCGUUGAACCAGGACAUUAGACACCAAGUUGGAAUGCCACAUAGCCUGCAGAUGUCAAUGGUCAUUUAUAAAUAAAGUAUGUGCACAGAGUUAUAGCUUCUUCUUAAAAGUCGUUUUAAAGGACCAAUUUCUUAAGUAGUUCAUAUCCUUGUAUUGUAUCCAUAUUUUAACUAAUUUCUUCACUGUCUGUGGUGUCAAGUAGUAGUUUGUGCAACAACAUCAACAGAAAUAAUACCAAUGUUUCCUUGUUCUUGUGGAGCAAAGUAUUCUUUUUUUCUUGCCUUAACUAUAAAGCGCAAUAAUCUGAGAUCUCAAGUGCAGUACCAGUGUAUUGGAAUGUAGAGGGCCACUAUGGACUGUAGAGUCCUAAAGAGAGGGCGGUAAAGUCUAUCAGUAUGUUUAGUUUACUGUUGGUGUAUGAUAAUGUAUAUUGUAUAUUAUUAGCAUACACAUUUUUUUGUGUAAAUGUAUGUUUUUAUUUUACCACAUUUGUAAAUAAAUUCUGUUUUAACACACCUACUAAA